UGCGGCAUGCGGAAGUUUUCCUGGUGCACAGUUCAGGUAGUCGCAUUGUUUCUGAUGGAGUGCCUUUAACAUUAAUGUCCGAAGAUUUCUCUGAUUGAUCUCAUCUCAGCAUGGACUCCAUGGCCGAGGAGGAAACCAUCGAGUUGUGUCACAGACACAAAGACAGUUCCUGUGCUGAGCCUCUUCUUCCACGAAUGCUUCCCCAGAGGACAUACGACUACAUUCUGGUAGCUCAGAAGCAGGACGAUGACCUCAACCAGAAGUCUCAGAGGCAGAAGGCGUUCCUCCAGCAGCUCGAAAAGAAAAACAUCAAAAUCACAAGAAUCAUACAUGAUGACAAAGUGUUCUUCGGCCUGCGUGCUCCUCAAGAGAUGUUUGAAAACUACCAGUACCUGCUCAAAGUGUCCGACUCAUGCAACUGGUGUGGAGACCAUAACGGCGAAGUAACUCACGCUAACAGGAUCCGAAUUGUUAACUUCAUCCUUCAUCAGACCUUCAUCGACACUGGAGAGAACUUAAAGGAACUGUUGAAGAAGGAUGUAUUUGAAACCGUGUUCUGCCCUCAUGAGAGGAAGAAGCAGAAAGAACUGAAGAAGAGUUGGGCUCGGUGGUCUGCUCUCUUUACUGGACAACCAUUCAGCGAUGUCAAGUAUUACUUUGGAGAGAAGAUAGCACUGUAUUACCUAUGGCUGGGAUGGUACACAAAACUCCUGGUUCCUGCAGCUGCUUUGGGAGUUGUAGUGUUCUUGUACGGACUGGCAUUUUUUAACACCAACCCACUCAUCAAUGAAGUGUGUCAGUCCAACAUCAUAAUGUGUCCUCGCUGUGAUAAGACGUGUCAAGUGUGGAAACUGUCCGACACCUGCUCCUAUGCAAAGGUGAGCCAUUUGUUUGACAACGAAGGCACCGUGGCUUUUGCUAUGUUUAUGGCAAUCUGGGCCACACUUUUCCUGGAGCUUUGGAAAAGACACAGAGCUCGACAUGUUUCACAAUGGAAAGUCUACGACUGGUGUGAGGAAGAGGAAGAGCUGAUUAUGGAAAUAGUGAAUGAUCCAGACUGUACACCUAAACAGUUUCGACAUUCCUACCUGCGCAGUACUCUCGUCCUGAUCCUGGUCACACUCAUGCUGAUGCUGAUAAUCGGUUUGGCUCAUGCUUUGGUGGUGUUUCGAGUGGUGGCUGCUCCACUGUUGUCGGAAUGUCAGUGGAAAUUUUUGAAAGAUCAUGCGAACACUGUGGCUGUGAUGCUGGGAGCUGUGCUGCAUUAUGUCACCAUUCAGAUCAUGACACGGGUCAACAGAUGGGUGUCCCUCAAGCUGUGUGAAAUAGAGAAGACCAACUCACUUGCUGCCACCGAGAGGAGCUUCACCGUCAAGAUGUUCACUUUCCAGUUCUUCACUCUCUUCUCCUCCCUCUUCUAUGUGGCAUUUUUUUUGGGCAGGAUAAAUGGACAUCCAGGAAACUAUGUGCGACUUGCAGGAUUUAGAUUGGAAGAGUGCCAUCCCAGCGGCUGUUUGACAGACCUCUUCAUUCAGAUGGCUGUGAUCAUGCUGCUCAAGCAAACUCUCAACAACAUCUUUGAGUUCACUGUCCCCUGGUUAAAAAGUUGCAUGAACAAAAGCACGGCAAAGAAGCUGGAGAGGAAGUGUGGCUACUGCUACAGGAAAGCCUGCCGAGAUGAACACGGACGUGUUGAACCGUGUGAUAUCUGCAAACUGCGGGACUGGCUGAGGAACUAUCACCUGGCCGAUACCGAUGAGUUCAGCCUCUUCAAUGAAUUUCUGGAGAUGGAUGGCGCGCUCAAAAAACAGUGUCCGGUGUUGGAGAGGCGUCACUCUGUGUUUCACCUGGUCUGUCGCCAUCAGAGCCCUUCUGAGAGACCAAAGAGAAGGACAGUGGACAGUGCCUGCCGAGUGUUUAACAACAACAACACUGUUCACUCUGAAAUCAUGGUUCAGUUCAGUUUUACCACCACGUUUGUGGCAGCGUUUCCUCUGGCACCCCUUCUGGCUCUCAUCAACAAUAUUUUUGAAAUCCGUCUGGAUGCUAUUAAGAUGGUUCGUCUGGAGCGACGGCUGGUUCCCAGAAAGACCAAUGACAUCGGUGUUUGGACCAAAGUGUUGGAAGCCAUUGGUGUGUUAGCAGUGAUUGCAAAUGGCCUAGUCAUUGGAGUCUCGUCAGACUUUAUUCCUCGCCUCGUCUAUCGUUACCGUUACGGCCCGUGUGCUAACGGGACUACUGAUACACGCUGCAUGCAGGGUUACAUCAACGAUACUCUCUCUAUGGCCUUCAUGAGUCACCCAGACGUUCAGAGGGACUUUAAAAUCGAACAGAUGCACAAUGUCACAGAGUGCUGUUACAGGGACUACAGGAGUGAUGAGGACUACUCCCUGACUCCUCAGUUCUGGUUGGUUCUGGCUGUGCGCUUUGCCUUUAUCAUCCUUUUUGAGCACGUCGUGGUGGUUUGUAAGUUUAUCGCAGCCUGGUUUGUUCCAAACAAUCCCAUCGGAGUGAAGAAUGAUCGCCUGCAUGACAAACUUGCUCGGUUGAAAGAAGAGCUACGAGAAUUCAGACGAAGCAAAUCAACUGAAGUUUGAAGCCUGGACUGACUGAAAAGGGAUGAAAGAACAUUGUCAUUUUGUUGUCAUCAUUUCCAGGCCAACCAUGAGUCUUGAGUUUAAUUUCAUAAAAGUGUUGUUCUGUUGUUUAGUAUAAUUGCACUGUUUAAAUAGUAUAAUGUGUCAGUAAACUGGAUUCCAUGUCUGUGCUUCUUGCAUGUCCGGGUUGGAGGCAUCGGGUUGACUCCUCCUGAGUGUAUGUCUUUGAAGAACCUUGACUCUCACUCAGGCGGUUUCUUCAGGUGUGUAGAAGCCCGUAACGUAAUAACGACCCAUAACAAAAUGAAUUUGGCCUUUUUAAAAUGUAAUGGGCCCAUAACAUAAUAACUGACCAUUAACGUAACAAAAGUCCUGAACCUAUAACGUAAUAACUUUUGACCUAUAACGCAAUAACUUAUUACUAGGGAUGAGCCGAAUACUCGUUUUAAACGAGUACUCGUUACGGAUAAUGCAUUUUUUCC